AUGGCUCCUUCCAUUCUCAACUUCAGAGCUCUCCGUCGCCGUUCGAAAGCCAGCUUCAAGACUGAUCGCUCAAACACCGACGUCUCCAGCGAUGCUAGCAACGCAACUACCCCGACUCCCACCAGCGGCGCCUCAACGCCUCCAUCCAUCGCCCAAGCCUCCGACCCUGCUCUCGACCUUCAAUUGAAAGAUUCCAACCAUCCUCAGGCCCGCCCGCCCAUGCAACCGGUACCUAAUUCCCACCGACAAAGCGUGUCUGGCAUGACUGGUCUUGGUUCUCCCGUUGUCAAUGGCAGGUCGACAUUGCCAGUCUCGCCGUACGCGCCGCGAAUCGCCAACGUUACUGAAAAUGCUUGGGUCUAUCAAAAGGUUCUCCUCGUACACGGUACUAUCGGCGACUCCUCACAGCACUCACUCGAUGGCAAUCUUUCCGUAACCCGCCUUGACGAUGGCUUUCCACCAACCUCAUGGCCUGUGAGCGACUCCCACUUCAAGGCUUUAGUUUAUCUGCAGCCGGGCCCCAACAAAAUCCGCUUCGACUUCUCGAGCCCGAAGCUACCCAACAGCUCUUCGUCGAACCCGAUUCAUGCUUCCUAUCUGACAGUGCACAUGUUGCCGGUCAACAGUGCGCCUCCACUGCAGCUCGCCAUUGUAGUCGCCAAGGACUCUCCCGCGACCUUCGAUGCUGUCCCUGCUCGGAUCGAGAGAGAGGGCAAUGGAUUGGAUACGGCAGUGCGCAAGUUCCGCAUGGCCGCUUAUCUCUGGCAAGCAUUUACAGCUGAGCAAAUGUGGCGCAACAAGCUUGGACGCCGCGUGUUCAGAUUUGAGGAAGAAUGGGUUGCCGGUACUUCGAACCAGCGGGAUCGUGAGAACGGAACCCUGCGCUCCGAGGCCAGAAUACACAUUAUCAGAUCGGACAAAACGGUCGCCGAAAUCCGAGACCUCGAGCUGGCACAACAGAACGAAACGGCUAGCAAGAAGGGAGACCUCUAUGCAAUCGCUGCCGAAGCGGUCAAGCAAUACUUCAAGCCGCUUGGCGGUCAAAAACAGUACGUUUCUGUGUUGAUGCUCGACACACAAUGGGAUAAGGAGGCCAAGGUCGUAAGGGGACAUGCCGCACUGGGAGGAAAUGCUGGCGAUCUGCAAUUGGCCAUCUUCGGAUCACACUGCUUGCAGAGCUACCCCACGAGUUUCGAGGAAGUUGUCCCCGCAUUUACGGAUUGCACUCCGACUGACCUCGACUUCGUCGCCAACGAUUGCAACCAGGCAGGAAGCUCCUGGGAAGCAGCCAACAUUGGGAUUGGUGCUCACUUGCACGAGACUGGUCAUCUGUUUGGCUGCCCUCAUCAGGAAAAUGGGGUCAUGCUCCGCGACUACCUCACACUGAACCGUAGCUUCGUGACCCGAGAGGCUUACUGCACCAGGACCAAAUCGAAGGGAGGGUUGGUGUUGCAGGCUGAUGAAUGUGGCUGGCAUCGGUUGGACUGCUUACGCUUCCGCACACAUCCGUGCUUCAGGUUGCCGAACGAUGCUCCGAUGAACGCCGACGACAGUGUCCAUGCUUUUCCAGUCGAGAGCGGAAACGUAGUGGUGAUGGCAGCGACCGGUAUCGCCUUCAUCGAGCUUUUUGCCGAGGACGACGACGUCUGUCGGAAGUGGAUCGAAUAUCCCAUGGAGAAUGGCUCAGUGCAACGCCAACUCACUUUGAACGAUCGCGAACUGCGAGAGAAACUUCCAGAGAACAAGCGCAAAGGACAGCUUAGGGUGUCGGUCAAGUCGCACGGCGGCGGCACUCUGGACAUCGAUGAUUUCAAGAAGCUUUGCUCCAAGGAGUCUUCGUUCAAGCUGACACCUGGUCCGCUUGGCAAGAUGGCCUAUCGAGGCAAGGCACUCGGAAACUCGGCCAUGGAGGGCACAGUUGCACAGGAGGUUGUGUUUGACAGCGCCGUCAAACAGAAUCUGGUGCUGUCCCGAGUCAUUGUUUAUCACGGAUAUGCCGUGGACGGCAUAGAAUUCUUUUAUGACGACGAUUCCACGCAGUUGUUCGGCAAGAGAGGGGGCAAGGAAGGCGGCGAUACGUUCGAGUUUGACAUCCGCCGUGGCGAAUACAUCUCAGGCUUUUACGUUCGCUCAGGAUUCUGGAUUGAUGCUAUCCAGGUUCUUACUAGCCUGGGUAGGAGGUCGCCUGUAUAUGGCAAUGCUUACGGUGGUUCUGCACAUACUCUGAUACCUCCGAGAGGAUAUACUAUCUGUGGUGUAGCAGGCUCUUGCGGCGCCUGGGUCGACGGUUUCUCGAUCCUGAUCGUCAAAUAA